GCUUGAUACUACCCCAUCCCCUGUUUGACCUUGUACUUGAGAGUAAACAAGUCUAUCCGGGAACUCAAAAGGAUGAUUGAUCCCGGGGACUUGGUAGAGUUAUGUCCGUCCUUUCUUGGCUUCACGGAUAACUCGACUCAUCCAUCCAUCCAUCUGUUCCAUCAAAGCCAGCCCUGGUCAAACCAACACCAACUUGACCUCUCUGGUAUUUCUGGAGAAUGGCACCCAUUCACAGACCCCCAGCCGAGUUUCAGACACUCACCGGAUUCCGACUCGACUCCGACACAGCCGGCCGAGGCACCCUGGGUAUUAUUUACACCUGCUGGACCGCCAUCCUCCUCGCCUCAUGGACCUCCUUUCACAACAAGUGCCGCAAGCCGGGCGAUCGUUCCCGAAAAACCAAAUGGCUCUACAGGUUUAACCGGGUCCUCUACACCUUCUUGCUGCCCGAGGUGGCGGCGGUAUGGAGCGUCAGGGAUCUAUUAGAGGCCACUAGGCUCUGCGGUCGCUUCAUGGUUUACCAAAGGCAACUUCCCGGAUGGCAUCACUUCACCAUGAAGCAGGCCUUUGUCUGCAUCAUGGACGGCGUCUACAUGAAACUGCCCGAUUCCGAUGUGCUGGAAAAGGCCGGCCACGAAGACCUCCUGUGGCUCGCGUAUACCCGGCAGCUGGAGUACUCGGAGUAUCCUUCGGGAAACGACAUUGACGACAAGUCCAAGUCCGAUUCAACCAUGAAAUUCAUCUCGAUUGUUCAGACCCUGUUCUUUGUGGUCCACAUUAUCGCCCGGCUUGUGCUUCACUACCCGGUGACUUUGUUGGAGGACAUGGCUGCAGCACAUGUGUUUUGCGGCAUCAUUGCCUUCUGCUUUUGGUUCUGUUGCCCUCACAACAUCGAGCAGCCUUUCAUCAUCAAGCCUGAUCCCAGCAAGAAAGUCAUCCCUGUGGAAGACCCCAAACUGUCUGGGAAGGCCGGAGCCCAGUCGACAGUCGAGGAGAUCACAGCACAGGAGGAACCUGUUGGCUGGUUUCAAUCAAUGAAAGACCUCGUAACAUCAACCUUUGCGGCGAAAGAAGAUACAACCACGUCAGUGGAGGAGGACCAAGCUUCAGCAAACAAGCCACAGAAGAUCGAGCUAUAUUUCACUUAUAAGGACCUCGCAGAGUACAAAAAGAACAUCAAAGGCUUCAGGAGGAGUCAAAUCGCCCCUCUUUAUAUGUUGGUGUUGGUCUCGACGGGCGCCUUUUGGGAAGUGUAUAACAAAACCAAGAAAAACGAGGAGAAGGUGGUGGGCGAGGGAAUCAAAGACGAAAAGUUGCCAGCAACUGAGAAGUCGCCAUUAUCCGAACACUUGAAAGAAGUUCAAGUUUCGUCAGAAGUGUCAGAAGUUAUCGACGAGGGCACCGGAAGGAAAAUUACAUUCGCGGCGGGCGAAGGGUUCGGAGAGUCACUUUACGUCAAAGGUUACCAACAGAAACAGAAAAACCGACCGAAUCUGGAGAGGUGGGCAAUGGCCUUCACCUUCAUGGUCUUCUUGAUCAUUCAUCUCUGCGCUUGGAAAUGUCCGUUUCCCACCAGAGGAGAACGGUGGACUUGGAGAAUCUGUGCAGUCACGAUGGCCAUCAGUGGCCUUGGCCUCACGAAGAAAUUCUACAAACCAAAGGAUGACCGCAAAAGGAUGAUCUCAUGGCUGCUCCCCCGCACAUGCAUAGCUGUGUAUGUCUUGAGCCGCCUAGCAAUGCUGGGCGUUGCGCUUUCGUCCUUCCGAAGUGUACCAGCGGGUAUUUACGAGGUUCCAGGAUGGACGGAGUUCUGGCCGCAUGUGUAG